UACGACGACACCUUUACGGUUUCGUUGCGUAUGGCUCAAACUAGCACAUGCACGAACGGUGGCACUUUAGUUGAAGUGAAUGGCAGAACGUUCGAUGUGUCAUCGAAGUACAAGAAUUUAUCAUACAUUGGUGAGGGAUCUUACGGUAUGGUUGUUUCAGCACUGGAUGCAACGACACAAAGACGAGUGGCCAUUAAACGUAUGACUCCUUUCUCACAUUCGAUAUUUUGUCAACGAACUCUACGAGAGAUUCAAAUUCUCUCGAGAAUGAAGCACGAAAAUAUAAUCAGUAUCAUUGAAAUUAUUCAGCCGAGUUGCAUUCAAAAAAUGAGCACUAUUUAUAUUGUUCAAGAAUUUAUGCAAACUGAUUUGCAUAAAGUAUUGCGAAGUUUGCGAGGACAACGUCUCUCAACUGAGCACAUUUGCUUCUUCCUUUAUCAGAUUCUCCGAGGCUUAAAAUAUAUUCAUUCGGCGAACGUUAUUCACCGAGAUCUAAAGCCUUCCAAUUUACUCGUUAACGACAGUUGUGACUUGAAGAUAUGUGAUUUUGGGCUGGCUCGAGUGAUUGACCCAAGUAAAGAUCAUUCUGGUGCACUAACUGAAUACGUCGCAACCAGGUGGUAUCGUGCACCAGAGGUAAUGUGCAGCUCGAAGUGCUAUACGAAGGCGAUAGACGUGUGGUCAGUGGGUUGUAUUCUCGCAGAAAUGUUCAAUAAUAAACCACUCUUCCCAGCCAAAAACUACGUCGAACAUUUACAACUCAUAUUCGCCACUAUUGGAUCGCCGUCAGAGGAUGACCUCAAAAGUGUUGCAAACAGCAGUGCAAGAUCCUACAUAGCGUCAAUGCCAGUUCAGCAGAAACAACCGUGGAAAAAGUUGUACAAAGAUGCUGAUUCGAUGGCGUUGAAGUUACUCGACAGAAUGCUAACAUUCGAUCACAAUUCUCGAAUCACUGUCGAUCAAGCACUUGCACAUCCCUUCUUGCAGCAAUACUAUGACCCGUCUGACGAGCCAACUUGCGAGUCACCGUUCACGGAGGAUAUGGAUCUCGACACGCUAUCAAUCGAUCAACUUAAACAAUUAAUCUUCAAUGUUAUAACUGGUAAAUGUAAAUGA